AGCUUUCCUGCCCCUACGCAGAUCAACCAAUAGCAACUUCCCCCAGAGGGGGGCGGGCUCGAAAAGCAGCGCGCUUAUUGCCUGUCGGAAACGUCAAUCCCGCCCCGUUGCCAUAACAACCGCACGCCGAGCAGAGGUGGCAAGUGGAAGAUUGGUGUCCAGCUCAUGUUUUAAAGUUCUCAGCAGGUGCCAGCUUCCUGCAGGGAGCACCUAGAGAGAGUCUGAAAACAUGCCAAAAAAUCUCAAAUCCAGCAAGACCACCUCGAAAGGUCCAAAAACUCCAGGAAAGAAACAGAGAGGUGGAAAAGCUGAGCAAGCCUCAAAAGGAAAACAAAACCAGCCCGAGAAAGAAGAUGAAGCUGAUCUUUCUAUGGUUGGUAUAGGCCAUCCAGAAAUCUUUCCCUUAGUUUUCACUACCAGGACCCAAGAAAUUUUUAAUUGCCGAGUGGAUGAGGACGUCACUGAAGAAAAUUGUUUCAAGCUUAUUAAAAAAGAUGACAUCAUUCAGGACCUAAAAACAAGAGCUGCUAUUUCUGAUUUCCACCCUGUCAAAAACAUUAUCCUAGAAUAUCCAGGGGAAGAACUUCUGAUUGUUUUUGAUGCAAAUUUCCAGUAUGGACAGAACUUUUACCUUGUUGCUUCUGAGGAAGCCAAAGAAAACUUUCUGAAGCCUCCAGAAACUGCGGAAGAAAUAGAUAGUGAAGAAGAAAAAGAGGAAACUCUGGAAGUCAGUACUUACAAACAUCCUGUCUCCAAACCAUGGGUUUCUCUUGGCAGUGAAAAGGAAGUUGAAGAAGAAUCUGUUAAAGAUCGUGUUAAAAAGAUUAAGUACAUGUUUUCUCGAGCACACAGGGAGUUUGGUGCACCGACUGGAUUUACCGACAGGAAUGCUUCACAUUUAAAAGACAGUUAUGUUGAAUGCACUUCCUACCAAGACAAAACUUUUACUAUUAAAGUGCUUGAAAAGGAUGUGGGUGUACAAAUGGUUCCCAAAGUAAGAGAAGCUAGUACUCAGACAGAAUGGACCUAUCCAAAAAAUGCAGCCACACAGUAUUUUCCUAGACAGCUGUCAAACGGAGAGGAAGAACAGAUUCUGUCAUCUGAGGUGCUGAAACAGUUUCUCACAUCAGUAUGUUUAAGAAUGGAAAUUGCGUUGCAGCAGAAUGAAAUUAUGAAUGCUUUUUUUGAUGACUGGAAAGCCCUAGAAGACAAAAGCAGUGCUGGUGGCAAGUCAGACGUUUAUCUUAAAGCAUACCAAACAUUUACAGAUCUACACUAUCUCAAGGACAAAAGCAUUAGCUGCGUUUGUUGGCAUCCAACCAUCUAUGGGAUUAUAGCAGAGUCAGCAACAACGCAGCCCUCUGAAGAAGAAAGAACUAAGCUACAGCAUGACUCAGUAAUUAUUUUUUGGAGCAUUUUUGACCCUAUCCACCCUCAGUUAAUAUUAGAGUGUCUUGACGAAAUUUCCUGCUUUCAGUUCAGUCCAAGUGAUCCGAAUAUUAUUGCUGGCGGUUGCAUCAGUGGACAGGUUGUAAUGUGGGAUGUUUCUAAAUAUGAAGAAAAACUGCAAAAUGCUUUAAGUGUUGCUGUUGGAAUCAAAAAGACAGUUGUUAAUAUGGAUAGUGCUUCUGUCCUAAAUCUACUGGAGGAUGAUGAUAUGUCUGAGCUAUUAUUUAUUGAAGAUUACGAGAGUGAUAAAGGACAAAUUUUAGUGAGAUAUUGCACAUCCUCCUCCAUGAACCAUAGCCAUGAAAAAAAGAUAACAGAUAUACACUGGCUGCCAGAUUAUUUUGAGGUCAGCCAAAUGGGUGAGACUUCUGCAAACAGAUCUGGGAUUUGUGCGCAGUUUGUAACCUGUUCCCCUGACAGCUUAAUAUUAUUUUGGGAUAUUCGAGACACCAAACUUCCCAUCCGUCUUUCAUCUGAGAAAGUAAAAAAGGAAAACAUUUUCAAUAUGCUCCCUGAAGUUUCAGAUACUUCUAAGGAUCCAGAUCUCAUCUGGAAACCUCUCAUGAAGAUAAGCCUGUGUGACAAGGAAAAAGAACACAUUGUGAAAUGCAGUCCCACCAAAAUUAGUCUACAGGAACAGCAUUAUCAUUAUAAAAUCACAGAUACGGCGCUAUCUCUGAACAAAUUGCAAGUGCUCAUCAAAGACAGCCCAUAUACACAGAUGGGUGUUUCUUCAAAUAAAACUCUGAAUUUGCGAGAGAACAUCUCCAACAACUUUUUUGUUGGAACUGAAGAUGGAGAAAUUAUUUAUUCUGACUGGGAAAUGAAGAACAAUACUAACAUGGAAAAAAUAGCUAGUGAGAAAUACACCAUCCACAAAGAAGCUGUGAACACUGUCCAGAGAUCUCCAUUUUUUAAAGAUAUCAUUCUCAGUGUUGGAGGCUGGAAUUUUGCCAUUUGGAAAGAAGGUGUUACAAUCUGUAUUAAGAAUGGACCAAUCCUCCAGUCAAACCACACAGCAGAAAGAUACACAGCAGGACAUUGGUCCUUAACAAGACCAGGAGUUUUCUACAUUGGCACAGAUGAAGGAAAAGUAGAAAUUUGGGACUUACUGAAGGAAACUCAUAAACCAUCUCAUAUACAGAACAUCUCUAAAUCAGCAAUUACUUGCAUCAGCCCCUGGAUCGCCUCACCAAAGCAGCAAUUUUUAGCUGUUUCCGAUGAUUCUGGAGUACUGCACAUUUUAGAAAUCUGUCGGACAUUAAGUCACCCUUCCAGUGAUGAGCAGGUCAACAUACUCGAUUACUUUGAGAGAAGAGUCCAAUACCUGAAAAAUUAUGAAGACGACCAAGAGUUUGAAACAGAAGAGAAUGGAAAUUGAGCUGGAGGUACAGAGGGAACGGACAAACUUCAUAAACUGCAGUUCCUCAUCUGAAACACAGUUGAGAAUCAAAUCGAGCACGACUUCUAAAACUAGAAUCACAUCACGAAUGGUGGAAUUACCAGCAAAGUUUCUAUAGGAGGCACCAUAUUUCCUACAAUUUUUCAAGAUCUUCUGGAAGAAGAUGAAGAUUUCUAUUGCUCCUAACCUUCCUAUUGCCUACUCUACGAUGUUUAUGUUAUUCAUGCCUUGUAAAAAGAAACACAGUAUGAAACACAUACUUUGUUAUCCUUUAUUGAUGAGCAGAUGGUGAGAAGCUAAGUGUUCUAAUGUCAAAUUUUGAAAAGCUCUACUUACCUUCUUGGAUCAUGUCAAUUGGUUUGAGAUAAGCUUGGAGGGAAUGUGUGUGGGGGGGGAGGGAUCAGAAAGAGGGAAAAAGAAAUCCCAGUUACUUCCAAUAAACAGAUCCUCUUUUCAAACCACUGAA